CCCUUUCCCUAAGUGUUACGUGUGUCGGAAUUGUCGGACUUGUCCGUUCCCCAAACCGAUCAUCCCAUAUCUCGUGCUGUUUAUUUUUGUCCACGAGGAAAAUCGAGAACUAAGAAAAUCAAUCACACAAUGUUUGUUAACGCUAUAUACAGUGUGCUGGAGGCUAUCUCCUAUGGCGUCUAUACAUUUGUGGCCACAAUUUGGCACGUAGAAGAGGCAUUGAUUAACCUUAUGAUGUCCACGUUUCUUCUGGUGCUGAGUCUGGCGUGCCACCCGAUUAUGAUCAUUCCCAUGCUCUUGUUUUGCGUCUAUGUUUUGCGCAACUUUUGGUACCGCCGCGCCACGAAAUUUAAGAUCGAUGAAAAGGAGGCCGAUGGUGGAGUGAUGGCUGGCAUCCGGAAUACGCCUCGUACCCCCCGAAUUCCGUCCUUUCGCAGCUUUGCGGCAAAACUAGGCGAUGCUGGCGCCAAUGACACGCCCGUGCAAAAUUAAAUCAGCGCGUAGCGGCCAAAAUUUGGAUGUCUUCAUAUAUUAUUAAAACAUUCACAUGUCUGGACUGUUAUCUUAA